AAAACCUUAAACGCGAACCUAAAAUGAACGCGUCCAUUGACAGUUUUUGCUCUCAUUGACUAGUUUAUGACAACAUGCCACUAGGAUUAGUGUAGUUUUUGUGUUGACGUUUUCACCCCUUUGUACAACAGUCUUUAACGCGUCUGAAGAUGAACACGGUGUUUGCAGUGGCUUUGGUGUUUGUGGGCUGCUGCAGUAAUGUUGUGUUUUUGGAAGUUUUAGUGAGAGAUUUCCCAGGAUGCGGAAACAUUGUUACUUUUGCCCAGUUUGUUUUUAUUGCCCUGGAGGGAUUCAUCUUCCAGACAAAUUUCGGACGCAAGAAACCAGCCAUACCAAUCAGAAACUAUGUGAUAAUGGUGACCAUGUUCUUCGCUGUAAGUGUUAUAAACAACUAUGCCCUGAACUUCAACAUCGCAAUGCCACUGCACAUGAUCUUCAGAUCUGGCUCCUUAAUAGCAAACAUGAUACUGGGUAUCAUCAUAUUGAAAAAAAGGUAUUCAUCAAGUAAAUACCUUUCCAUAUUUUUGGUAUCAGUAGGCAUCUUUAUCUGUACCAUCAUGUCUGCCAAACAAGUGAGUGCUGAAAAGGCUGCUACACAAGAGGAAGGAAUGUAUAUCUUCUUGCAUUGGCUUUUAGGUAUUGGUAUGCUGACCUUUGCCCUAAUAAUGUCUGCUUUAAUGGGCAUUUUUCAAGAGACUCUGUACAAGCAGUAUGGCAAGCACUCGAAGGAGGCUCUCUUCUAUAAUCAUUGCCUGCCAUUGCCAGGGUUUCUGUUGCUCUCAACUGACAUCUAUAGCCAUGCUGUACUCUUCAGUCAAACCACUCCUGUGGAAAUCCCUGUGAUUGGUCAAAGUGUGCCAGUUAUGUGGUUGCAUUUAGGAAUGAAUGUUAUCACCCAAUAUGUAUGCAUUCGGGGUGUAUUCAUCCUAACCACAGAGUGUACCUCCCUUACUGUUACACUAGUAGUGACUCUGCGUAAAUUCCUGAGCCUCAUCAUCUCUAUAUUGUACUUCCGGAAUCCAUUCACAGCCUGGCACUGGGUUGGCACAGCUGUGGUCUUCAUGGGGACCCUGCUCUACACUGAGGUGUUGCCCAGCAUCCACAGGGCAGUUAAAAGAGAGAAACCAAGCAUGAAGACAGAGUAAAAAUGAUGAGCACAACAAAAUACCUCUGUGUGUGUGUUUGUUUGUUUGUGUGUGAGAGUGUGUGUGUGUUUGUGUGUGUGUGUUUGUGUGUGUGAGUGAACCCUCAUGCCUAUGAGCAUUUUUGGAUAGCAGAUUCUAUCACUGCUAUGAAAGUUCUUUAUUCGUUUAAAAUUCUCUGAGGCUGUAUUUUAGAAAAAGGCAAAUUUCAUUUUCGUGUUCAGGAAAAUUACUGGGGUUUGGCCUAGAUAGGGGAUUAAACUUUUAGAACAGAAAUGUGUAGUGCAGACUUUAGUCGGCUUGUAUGUAAUGUAUACAUUUUAUGUCUCAGGAUUUUAUUGUUUACUUGUGAGUCUCAAGAUGAGUCUUAAUGUCCCUGAUAAAGCAUUGUUUUAAAGCCCUCAUCUAAAUCGCAUUUCCACCUCUUUCUGUUGCUAUAAUAAAAUUACCCCAUUUUUAUUA